GGGAUAAAAGUAGAACAGAGAGAGAGAGAGAAAGAGAGAAGCAGAAAAAUGUCGCUGAGAUUACUUCAUCUUCUUCCCCAAAACACAUCCUUUAAUCGAAAUCUCGAAUAUCGGCGUCUGUUGACCCGACCAGUAACCCGGAUUCAGUGCAUAAGGAGAGACGAUGAAGAAGGCGAGGGCAUCAUCAGCAACCGGAGGACAAGGAAGCCUAAGAAGAAGAAGAAGAAGACUAUGAGCGAUUCGGAGCUGGCCAAGGAUUUGGCUAGAGAAAUCGGGAAAGCGAACACGGUCGCGGAACAGAGACGAGAAGCGAUGAAGAAGAGCGGUGAGAUUCUAUGGGGAGAGUUUUGUCGGCAUGCGGAUUUGAAAGAGGAAGAGAUGAGGAUGAAAUGGAGGAAGAUGGGAGAAGAAGAGAAAUCGGUUCUGGUAAGAGAGUUUGUAGAUGAGUGGGGUGUCGAUUUUCAACCAUUAUCUGUUAGAUCUGUCAUGGACAUGGUGGAAGAAGAGUGUUUGGUUUCUGACAAAACAAUCGAGCCUUCUUCUUCUUCUUCUUCUUCUUCUUCCAUGUCUUCGUUUUCUGGGUUGUUUCCUGGAUUGAAGAGAAUCAUAGGGUUUGAGUAGAAUCUUCAAUCUUCUUUAUAAAUCAUGUGUUUUUGCAUUA